AUGGUCAGUUUUGAUGUUCAGUCACUAUUCACAUGCCUACCUAUUGAAGACUGCAUCUCAAUUGUUACUAGAAAGCUAGAAGAUAACAACAUGCCUACAGAAUAUGCAAUAUUACUCAAACACUGCCUCACAUCUGGCUAUUUAUUGUGGAAAGAAGAGUUCUACAUGCAAGUAGACGGAGUGGCAAUGGGCUCACCUGUAUCUCCCGUAGUCGCCGACAUAUUCAUGGAGGACUUUGAGGAGAAGGCCCUUCUUACUGCUCCUGUAAAUCCAAGAUUCUACAAGCGGUACGUAGACGAUACUUUCACAAUUUUACCAUCUGAGCAUUUUUAA